GUGACAUAUAAGAGAAUAUAACCUCAAAAUGUACCUUUUUUUGACAGAAACUUUUACGUAAAAGGCCAAAAUAACAUUAUACUUUUUCUGGGACAAGAUUUAAAAUGGCAAUGAAUAUAUUACGGAAAAUUGUGAGUAAAAUACUUUUUUUAAUGAGCAUGCAUAUUAAUUUACUGUAUGAGAUUCUCGAAAGUAUUGACUGCAUAAGAGUCGAUAAAAACUACUCGAUGCAUAUUAGAUAUUAGGUAAUAAUAGAAAACAGAUUUGGCAAGAAACUAUGGUCUCCUAUGUGAAAAAUUUAAUUUCGGGUAACCUAAAAGGCAAAAUUUGGGAAAAGCUUUCCAAAUUUCUACAGAAAAAUCCCCAGAAUCCCUCAGGAACAAGCAAAAACGUCGUAAGUAGAUUACAUAACAAAAUUUAUGUGAGGCAGAAAUAAGGUUAGAAUCACAUGCUUUUGGGCUGGAAACCUUUUUAUUUUUAGAAUAGACUCGUAUCAAACGAUAAAAUAUUCGAUUUAGGUGUUUUGCAGUCUAUAAUCAGCAGUAGCUACCCAGCUUGUCUUUUGGAAAUUCAAAUCAUACAAAAAUUAUGCAUGUGCAUGUAGUGCUGGUUUUUGUUUGUAAUGUAGUGAAUUAUAGCAAAAAGUUCAUCAGAUGAAGAAAAGAUUGUUUGGUAAUUCUCUAGCUUGGCUACCAGCCUUUUUUGUUUCUUCAUCCAAUAGACACUAGGUUUGCAUGGUACAUGAUCAAAAUGAGAUUAGAGAUGUCUGCAAAUGGAUUACUUGCAGAAUAUUGUUGAUAAGUUGAUAUUAUGUAGGAUUUAAAAGAUAUAUGCACCUUAAAUAUGUCAUUUGCAGAAUGGAACAGAUCCUAUACAUACAAGGACGAUGCCAUAUUGAAGAAAUAUAAGAAAAUUAACAAAAAUACACAUUUUCAUGCGAAGCAGCUCUCCUUUUGCUCUAGAAUUUGAUCCCCAUUGAUUCGCGUUAUGUAUGUGUGGAGUUUGAAAUCAUACAUACAAAUUUAGUUAUUAAAAUAAAAACCUAUUAUAUAGUAAAAUAGUUCAGAACUUUCUCAUUUGUGUUCAUUUUCAGUCCUAUUUUUUUCAUAUAUACAUAAAAACUAUGAUCUGAAAUAAUUUUUUCAUCAAAAACAGCUGGUGUAGCUAAGCUAGAGAGUUACUGAUUGUUCAUUUUAUAAUAUUAACCAUUUUUGUAUAGUAGUUAAUGGCUCAUGUCUAAAAUUUAUUAGUUGAAGUACCCAUAAACAGAUCCUAUCAUCCUGAGCAAGUAAAUAUUUUCAAUAUGUUCUAGUGUAGCUAAUAAUCUCUGUGAUCUUCUUUUUCAAUGCAUAUAGACAUAGAGUGUCAUUCUUGCUUCAAGUGCGAAUGUCUACACUAUUAGGCAUAUAUCACAUGAUCAGUAUUUACUGUGAUUAAUACCAUCAGUAUGUGCUGAUUGAUCCAUCAGUGUCAGUAUAUUUCUAUGUAAUCUUAUACAUCAAUAAUUACUGACAUCAGGGCUUCAUAGUCAAUACAUAUCAUAUUCCAUGAUAAAUACUGAUGGAUCGCAGCUCAAGAACUUAUUUGAAUCAUUCUGAGGGUCAGAGAAAUUGAGGAGUUGUUGGGGAAAAAUUACUGAAGUUUAGGUAUUAUUCAUCUACAGUUUCACCAGUUUUCUUGAUUCUGCUUGAGAGUCAGCUGCAUAUCACGUAUUUAUUCGAACCAGACUAGUUUAUCGACAAAAUAUGUUGGCUUAUUAUGAAAGAUUAGGCAAAUGUAUUCAGGGAAAUUGUUUUUUAUAAGUAAGAAUAUUUAUGUGUUGCACUAAAGCAUCAAAAAAUUUUAAGAUAUGUUUGCAAGUUAAAUAGAGUGAUGAUCAUGAUGAACAUAUAGUGCAUCUUAGAACAAUUCUUCAAAUAGAAUAUGGGGUCCUGUGAUACUUAAUUUCAAAGCUCCUUAGCAGGACGUUCUGGCUCUAAAAUAAAAAUUUACUAUCUUUGAAACUGGCGCACUGGCAGUUGCGCGUUUUUGCACAUUGAGUCGCUUAUAACUCAACAUCAUCAUUUAUUGAAAUGUAACAAUAUCUUAUAUUAAUCUUCUUCUUUUGGAAGGAUCUAUCUAAGUAUGCCAAAUAUAAAUGGGAUGUUCAUGCAAGUUUUAAAACAUACUUUAUUAUUUUGAACUCAAAAUCCAUACAAAUUCUAACCCUUUGGCACGUGCGCAAACAAGUCAAACAUGCGCACAAGAAGAAGAAGAUUUUGUGAAGUCAGUUCGUAAAGAUCAGAAAAGGCAACUGUCGUCUACAAAACCUCGAUAAAAGAAUCCUAGUUAAACCGGGUACAAGAUAGUCGCUAAGGCAAGUGCGGCGAACCUAAGAAGAAGCUGUGAAGAGAGAAUAGCUCCUCUAGACCAGGCGACAGGAACACCCAGGUACGUGCCAAUCGUACAUUGUCUUUGUAUGGCUCGGGUGUCGAUUACCUUAUUACGUUAAUUAUGUCUGAACGCGCUUACAGUCCCGCGGCUCUCCAUAAUUUAGAAUCAACUUUGCAAUAACAUGGGAUGUUAAACAAUAAAAAGAUUAUGACAUUUUUUUUUUAAUGGAAUAUUCUAUAUUUUAUUAUACAUUCUGAUAAAUCCUUCCAAGAUCAGAAGAUUGACAUACUAUGCUAUAUAUGAUUGGUUGAGUCAUAAGUGAUACAAUAACGUUCAAUCUUGACAGUUUUCCAAUCUGCCAUUUUGAGAGAUAGUGAUUUUAUUUUGUAGGGUUAUAAAAUACUCAUUAGACAGUUCAUGAGCUAUCACAGGAUGCCCCAUUCAAUUUAAUAAAAUUUUCUAAGAUAGCAUCCAGCUGCCAUCUUAAAAUUUUCAAUGUUCACAUACAUGUACACUAAAACAGUUCUCAUAUAUCAUAUUCAUCACAAUGCAUUCCAGCUUUUGACUUGACUUGUUCAAGAAAUACAUAGAAAGGAUUUUGAAUAUGUAUAACCUGUUUCCAUAUAUCCGAGAUCAUCUCUGAACAAAAAUAUUACUUAGUAAAGCAGACUUGGCUGUAAAACGUAGUCCACUAAAAAAAUGUGUCAACUAAAAAAUGAAAGUCAAAUUUCUAUAAUUUUUUCAUGUGUCAAAGUUGCAUGAUCUCAAGAGAUGAGGCCCCCGGUAAGUACACUGUAAAUACUGGAACAUCUCAAUCAAAUUAGAAUGUUUGGCACAGUGCAAUAUGGCCAGAGGUUUUCAUCAAGCCUUGAUAAUAUGAAGAUGUUAGAUUUGAUAAACUACGUACCUAGUGAGGAUAUUACAAAUGGAGUUACAUCAUAAUCAUAUUGUAGAUAAACAUGUCUCGAAAAAUCCUAAAAUAAUUAUUACAUUUCAGAAUCACGUGAUGUUAGAAGCAAAAAAUUCCAUAAACUAUGACAUUGAACUUUUCACAGUCGAUUUAUACAACAAUUACAUGAUAAGAGUUAAUUAGUAAUUACCAGAUUUCUAGUACAAAAACUAAGAAAUUCUUAGUUAACGACCAUUUUCAGAGAUCUAGAGCUUGUAGCUUACCCUGUUUGGCUGAUAACUUUUUGAGAAAAACAGCUGUAACUUAGCUUAUGGCGGAAUGGAUGGGUCCAAAAAUAACAAAUUAAACUUUUUGCUAUUAUUGUGAGUGUGCAACAUGGAUUGUUGUAUUAUUUUUCAUUGAUACAUUUUACUUAAGCACCCAUCUUAACCUAGUACAUUGGCAAUAUUAUGAUCUGACCAAAAGAGACGCAUCUCAACUCUGAAGCAGUAGGUUGGAUCGGACUUUGACCCAAACCUGACCUACCAAAUCUGUAUUUGACCGCAUUUUUUUAUAUAGUUGUAGUCCCCAUUCUUGGCGGUUAAGUCAUCAAAGAUAUGAAAUAAGUAAACAGAUAGAGUCUCCGUACCAUGGGCGGAACACUGCGCAGACUAAUCUUCAGCGCAUCUGCUACUCUCUCCAGUACGCAUGAAGUGUGUAACAGGUGACCGCUGUUUCGAUUCUCUUCCUGGAAAUACUCUAAUAAAUUUGGCAUGAGCUGUCGGCCUUCGCGAUUGAUCGUAUGUUGCGGUCAUUGUACAAUUUUAUAUUGAAGAUUGAUAACAGGACAACUCGAAUUGCACGCCGAUGUCAAGUAAUUUGUCAACAAAUAUGAUUGAAGGGCACCCAUACGUAACGACAAAGUUUUCGAGACGGAGACACACAACUACAAAACAUGUCUUUGAGCUUACCGAACAAACGUUCACACACAGGGGCAGGUUGUAUGAGGAAGAUAUAGGUAUAUAAAAUGAUACUGGUAGUCUUACUUUGACCCACCAAGAACGGUGACUACAACUAUACCAACGCAUCCGCAGAAGCCUAAAUACAGGGCACGACCUGCUUUAUCGAUCUUGUUUGAGCCCAACCAGUUUGUUAUUGGCAUUAAAAUCGCCGAGGUAAAUUACCUCUGAAGCAGGGUGACUGAUGUUCAAGAAAUCGAUGUUGACAGCAAGGUUAUCAAGUAGGACAUCCUGUGCACCUUGUAGUGGAAAACUAAGAUGGUUAGUCGGGGCAGAAUAGGAGAUUUUGGUCUCCACCAAAAAAACCGUGGCGAGACGAUUUUACCACAGAUCAUUGUUACUGUGCAUCCACCCUCCACUUGGACAAUCCGAGAGUGGAGUGAGUUCAGGCCCGGAAUGAUCCAUCAUAAAAAUGAGGGAAGGUAAAGGUGGAAAAAGAAGAGAACCGGCUGCAUAGCUUAGGUGUCGAAACAUGCGGAUAUUUUUAAAACAACCUGGAAUAAGCUAGCGGUUGGUACCGCCUGGGUCGAUUGGUCCUUGUUUAUCACAUUAUUUUUGUUGGUAAACGAUGUUAAAGUGGCCCGUUGGUGGAAUUGUUCCGCAACCCGGUAAUAGGUAGGUAGCUCUUGGGCAGCAAGAAGUUUUAUACUGAGUGCAACAACUUCCGAAAUAAGAAUUUGACACGACCUCGCUCUGUAGGCGAAAAUAUCGUAUUCUGGCAUAAACAUAACGUCACAAGAAACAUAGUGUAUGGUAAGGUGUGGUUUAAGACUAAUCUUACUAAUUUAACAUGCUAUGUUUUCUAAGUUUAACAUUGUUUUUGUGCAUGAACAUUACAACCUAUUUUUCUAAUUACAUGUCCUCUUCUAAACAAAGGUUCUUGUUUCAGAGAUUGUCACCUGUUAGUGGUUCCAGGUACUUCAGUGAACUAAAAAAAUGCACCAUUAUUCCUGGUGAUGGAAUUGGCCCAGAAAUUUCUGAAGCUGUACAAAAAAUCUUUGAUGCCGCCAAAGUCCCCAUAGAAUGGGAAAGUGUAGAUGUCACACCAGUUAGGGGUCCUGAUGGGAAAUUUGGUAUUCCCCAAGCAGCCAUUGAUUCAGUAAACAAAAAUAAAAUUGGCCUGAAAGGACCACUUAUGACCCCAGUUGGAAAGGGACACAGAUCUUUGAACUUGGCCUUGAGAAAAGAAUUCAACCUAUAUGCAAAUGUGAGGCCUUGUAGAAGCCUUGAGGGAUACAAAACCCUGUAUGAUAAUGUUGAUGUGAUAACAAUACGAGAAAACACUGAGGGAGAAUACUCUGGCAUCGAGCAUGAAAUUGUGGAAGGUGUAGUACAAAGUAUAAAGUUGAUCACUGAAGAUGCGUCAAUGAGAGUAGCUGAAUUUGCUUUCCAAUAUGCCAAAGACAAUAAUAGGAAAAAAGUGACAGCUGUGCACAAAGCUAACAUCAUGAGAAUGUCCGACGGUUUGUUCUUGAGAUGCUGCCGAGAGAUGGCGAAAAAAUACCCCGACGUGAAAUUUGAAGAAAGAUACUUGGACACUGUCUGUCUCAACAUGGUACAAGACCCUUCCCUCUAUGAUGUUUUGGUGAUGCCAAACUUAUAUGGUGACAUUCUGUCAGAUAUGUGCGCAGGAUUGGUAGGAGGCUUGGGUCUGACACCUAGCGGUAACAUCGGAAUCAAUGGAGCCCUGUUUGAAUCGGUUCACGGAACUGCCCCAGACAUAGCAGGCCAGGACAAAGCCAACCCAACAGCUCUGUUGCUAUCAGCGGUGAUGAUGUUGAGAUACAUGAAUCUGAACGACCAUGCGGAUAAGAUUCAGCACGCUUGUUUUGACACAAUAAAGGAAGCUAAAUAUUUAACAGGUGAUCUUGGAGGUAAAGCUAAAUGUUCAGAAUUUACAAAUGAAAUUUGUAGAAAAAUAACUCAGGGAUAGAAGAUAUAUUCAUAUAAGAAUCAACCGAGUGAAUGCAAAGUGUUUAGGAUAACUGAAAUUUUUGAAACGACACAGAGUCGUUAAACUAGUUUUUCGAUAAAAUACUGAUAAAUAUUGGUACUUCAAGAUUGGAUAGCGUACAGCAAUACAGCAACGAAAUUUUUUUCAGUCACAAAAAUUUCUAUAGCAAAGUAUAAUAGAAUUUUUAUGAAGACAUCUUUGUACGUAUAUAAUUGCGCCUUCUCCGAUUUUAUUUAGGUAUACCAUUGUUAUAAAUACCCUUAUAAUGACGUGUGAUUUUACAUAGAAUACUCUAUUUUGCGUAUAUUGGGCUUUUAUCAUAUUAAAAUGAAAAAAAAGUUGUAUUUUGUUGCUCAAAAGCGUCUUAAAUGCAAUAAAAUUUUUAAUUUAGCAAUUUUUCAUUUUUGUGAGGUAGAAGUCUAAUCAUGGCUUGUGUUAAAUACAAUAUUUUGUCCAACGUGCCGCAGUAUUGUAGAAAAAAUCCAUAUUUUUGUUAAUCCCUCCAUUCAGUAUAUUAUAAGUUGUAAAUGUAUGUAUUAUUUAUUUUUACUGUAAUUUUGUUGAAUGCAUGAAUUGAUAAUGAAAAA